UGAUGACGCUGAUCGCCGCAAACGCUGGCACGUCCUUUAGAGCCGCUACUCCCACAUUUAAUGUCGUUUAAAGGUUUCUUACUCUUUUGACUCACCUCCAUGCUAUGGCAUGAGCCAUGUUGAUGCUGGAGUUGGCUGAGGUCGUGUCUUUGCAAGCGGAAAGCUAUCUAAGCUAUUCUAGGAAGGAGCUGGGAUGAGAGAUAUGCUUGCAGCGCAGGGUUUACCGGAAGGGCCGCACAUUACUCAUCAAUAAUAGAUUAUCUCCUCAGCCUUUGUGACACACCCCUAGCUGUAUUUGUUAUUGCCAGGCUGUGUCUUGGUUAUCACACACUUUCAUGGCAAAAACACACACACCCAAUAGCUGAAAUCAGGGAGCACGUCAAGUCAGUCAGAGGUUCUCUCUGUAAAUGGGAGGGAAUCAGCAUCUUCUGAAGCAUUAGCACAGUAAAACAGAGGGUGGAGAUGGUGAGACUCGCCUCAGGAGACGAGGACAUCCAGUGAAGAGAGGGUGGAAGAAGGUUGCGAGGCCAAGUCUGUGUCCGAACAUAAUCCACCAUGGCGUCAGCAAAUGUGACGCUGGAAAAUCAGUUGCACAGUGCACAGAAAAACCUGCUCUUCCUCCAGCAGGACCACGCCAACACACUGAAGGGGCUGCACUCAGAGAUCCGCAGAUUACAGCAGCAAUGCACAGAUCUAACAUAUGAACUCACUAUUAGAAGCUCCGAUCCCUCAGACAACAGUGAGGCCCGAUGCAGGGAGCUGCAGAGGAGGUGUGAGGAGCUGGAGGCCCAGUUGAAGAAGAAGGAGGAGGAGAACACAGAGCUUCUCAGGGACCUGGAGCAAAAGAACGCCAUGAUUUCCGUCUUGGAAAACACUAUCAAAGAGAGGGAGAAGAAGUACCUGGAGGAGCUUAAGAUGAAGAGCCAUAAAUUGGCUGUUUUGUCUGGGGAGCUAGAGCAGAGAGCCAGUACCAUUGCUUACCUUACCUCACAACUACAUGCCACUAAGAAAAAGCUGCUGGCUGGCAGUUCUUCUGAGGGCAGCCCCAACGUCAGUCCAGUCACCUCAUACAAGCCCACGCCUCCACCGGCCAAGGACAGGCAGCCUGAAACACCACGUCGCCGCAUGAAGAAGAGCCUCUCCCAGCCUCUACAUCCAGAGUUGACAGAGGUGUAUCGCCUUGGCCCAGACGGUAGGCGGCUGGUUCUACGGGAGACGGUCGAUGCCAUGCCCGACCCGACACCUUUCCUCCAGGCAGGUAGAGAGUCUCCUGAACCACAGGUAGUUCGUGAACGGCCUUCUGUCAUCCCUCCCAUCGCCUCUGAGCGCUCCCCCGUCCCUCCGCUGGGUGCUACGGCAAGUCCGCGUCACAGCCCUGCGCGGGACCGUCAGUACAGGGCUCAUGUGGGCGUGGCGCACCGCAUUCCACAUGGCACUCCUCCCCUGGCUCCGCCACAGGCGGAUGUGGAGACUCUGGCAGUGGACCAGGUCAACGAGGAGAAGGUUGUGCGGAAACGCUCGGGAGCCGACAGGACAGUUUAACACUGCAAUGCAAACCUGCACCUUAAAUGCACAUCUACUGUAUACACACCACACUGCAAGUACAGGAAGCAGCCUGAACCACUUUGUAGCCUGCUUUUUACGCAACACUGCAAUAUAAAAAAAAAAAAACUACUAAGGUAAAUUUUAAUUUGGUAGGACUUGUUUUUCUUCAUAUACAGUAGAAAUGGACUACUGUAAAGCAUGCCAAAUGUUUCUUAUUUACUGUAUAACCCAGUGAGUCCUUGUAUUGUACACACCUUAACUUUUUGCUUAGACUUUCACUCCAUUCUGUCUCACAUGGUGCACACAACAAAUUCUUAGCCAAAUAUCUGCAUCAGUGCCUGCUGAACCGGUUUCACCAUACACAAGCUGCGUAAUGUAGUUAUGGCUAAUAGUUAUCUUUACAUAUCUCCGUCUGCUUCAUCUUCUCUGGACAUAUCAACAAACUGUAUAACAAGCUGUGUGCAGCUGCUUAGGAUAGAGCUGAAAUAAUUAAACUAUUACUCCUUGAAUGUCUUUCAUCUGCCUGUGAUAUCAGUAUAGUAACAGUCUUGUAGGUUUGAGCUGCAUAAUAUGCAAUUGGAUGAUUGCCGGUUGUGGAGGUGAAAAUUGGAAUCUCACCUUUUCCUUUGCUGACAGGGAGAAACAGCAAUAGGUGUGUGAGAGAGAGGAUGAGCGUGUGUGUUUCUGAGAGAUAGUGAUAGCCACUGUGAGAAUUAAAUUUUGGUUUUGCGUUAUUCAUUGAUGUUAUUUGUCAUAUGAGGGCAUUUUUGAAAACACUGCUGUACUAGGAUUUUUGUGAUAUUAUUAACAGUACUUUAUAAAAGCUGUACAUUUGUAAUGAAUUCUUUUUAUUUAUUUAUUAUUGAUUAUAGAACACAAUAGAAAAUACAACAACACCUCAGAUAUUCACUAUAGUUACACCACCAAUGUGAUGGAAAUUAAAAUCACUUAAACCUGCUUUUGUCCUUGAACUAUACAGAACAGUACAAUAAACAAUAAAUGAUUUUUUUUAAA